AUGAAGGCUAUCUACCUCUUGAGCGCGCUUCUCGCGGUUGCGGUUGCUGACGUCAAGCAAGACUACGAGCCGUGCAGCAUGCAGCACGACUACUGCGCCAAAGACAGCUGGAUCUGCUGCGUUGGACCCAAGGAUGUCAAGUCCGGCAAGACGACGUGCCGCCCCGGCGGCAGCGACUGCAUCUGGGACUCGCCCGAGAUGCGCAAGUCGGACUACUGGGACUCAUCCGACUCGAGCUCCGGAUGGGACUCCGGUUCAGGCUCCGAUCCGUCCGAUGAGCCGAGUGACGAGCCGAGCGAUGAGCCGAGCGAUGAGCCGAGUGACGAGCCGAGCGAUGAGCCGAGUGACGAGCCGAGCGAUGAGCCGAGCGACGAGCCGAGUGACGAGCCGAGCGAUGAGCCGAGCGAUGAUCCGAGCGAUGAGCCUUCGGAUGAUCCAACCGACGCCCCUACGGACGCCCCCAAGCCAACGCCGUCGCCGUCGAGCCAGCCGGGCAACGGGUCGCCGAUUCUGGUCAACUUAGCCGUGCCCGACCACGUCGGCGUCGACUGCCCUGGCAUCCAGUCGCGCUUUCCCACCGGCACACUUUUCUGUGGCUCGCCCAAGCCGCCGGGUGCCAAUAUCUACACGCCGUCGUGCGACCAGUCCAUGACCGUGACGUGGCAGGGCAAGAGCGUCUCGUGCGUGAUUUCGUUCCAGGCAUCAGGCGUCGGCUUGACGACCGACGCCUAUGUCGAGCUUGUCCCGGAGGCCUACGCCGUUCUCACCGGCUCGACACAGGGCGGCAUCAUCACGGGCGCAACCUGUACCGGCGUCUGCAACGUCGCCCGGUCGUAA